CUCCCAUGGGGAGGAGAAACUCACACGCACAAACAGAAAGCUCUCACCUUCCUUAAGCCAGCUGAGAAAGAUCAAGAGACUCUCAUAUCUCAUCUCCUUGUUGCUGCAAAGUUCUUGCAAAAGUUGCAACUUGCAACCACCGGCCUCUAGCUCUAGCAGGUAGAGAAAUCGAGAGAGGAUCAAUGGCGUCCGCCGCACUGGAGAACCUGAAGGCGACGGAGCUGAGGUUGGGCCUGCCGGGCGUCGAGGACGACUCGCCGGCGCCGGCGACGCCCAGGGGCAGCAAGCGCGGCAUUGCCGACAACAAGGAGGAGGAGGCCAAGACUGUCACUGCGGCGCCGGCAGCCAAGGCGCAGGUGGUGGGGUGGCCGCCGGUGAGGUCCUACCGAAAGAGCUGCUUCCAGCAGCAGUCGAAGAGCAAGCCGGCGGCGGAGGCACCGGCGCCGGAGAAGGAGGAGGCGGCGGAGGCGCCGCCGCCCGUGGCUGGAUCCGGAUCACUGUAUGUGAAGGUGAGCAUGGACGGAGCCCCGUACCUGAGGAAGAUCGACCUCAAGAUGUACAAGGGCUACCGCGAGCUCAGGGAGGCCCUGGAGGCCAUGUUCCUCAGCUGCUUCAGCUCCGGAUCCGGCGAUGCCGCGGCCGUCAACCCCGCCGACUUUGCCGUCACCUAUGAGGAUAAAGACGGCGACCUCAUGCUCGUCGGCGAUGUCCCCUUCCAGAUGUUCAUGAGCACUUGCAAGAGGCUGAGGAUCAUGAAGGGGUCCGAGGCAAGAGGGCUAGGCUCAUCAUCAAAGGAGUGAAAAAUCCAUGGAUAUGCACGAUUAAUUCCAAGAUCUACUUGAGAUCGAUGGAAUUAAGGGAUGAAUUCUUUUGUUCUUUUGGGCAUGCAUGCGUGCAUCUCUUGUCAUCAUCUCCUCUACGUACGUGCUGCAAUGAUCUUCAAGCCAGAAGGAAAAGGAUGCAAGAUUUGAGUGGUCGUUGUUCAUGCAUUUUUACUUUAUGUUUACUUUUUACCUAGUAGUUGUUAGCAGCACAAAAUUGGAGUGGAGAUUACGGUUUCGAGUUUGAAUCCAUCUCCAUGUAUGUGUUUGUACAAAGAAAACUACAGCUUCUGAAUUAAGUAAGCUAUGUCAAAUCUCAAAUCAAUGGUUGUUGAGUGAUUAGUUGGUC